CCCAUACGUUUUUUACUUGUCAUUAGUAAUCGCUUGUGUCAGGAAAACUGCUUUCUUACGCAUGUGCAUCAUCCUGUAUUAAAUUGACUAUAAUGUGUUUGUUUUAAUGUUGAGGUAGAAAUUAUUUAUUUUUCAUGUUCCUCUCCAUUCAUAAUUUUCUAUCACCGUACACAGAUUCUCCCUCACCAUAACCCCUCUCUCUGUACUACCAAAAAUUUUCUCUCCGACCAAUCAUUCACGUGACCACACAUUACCUCUUCCACAAUUCCAUGAAGUUUGUAUUGGUGGCAGCUGCAUGAGUCAACCUGGUAUUUAGUUGGGUGUUCAACGCGGUUUAAGGUGGUUAGACAAAGUGUUGUGGUUGUGUUGUUGUUUACAUGGAGAGAAUGAACAGUGGGGGUUCUUCAAUCAGAAGACGUUCAUUAAGCAUAUCAAGUCACGUAAGCUAUCAUACAGAUAAUGAUGGUGAGAAUGAGAGUGUUUCAGAGGCUGGAGACAUUGGAGAUCGAGCUCUUAGAAGCAAGAGGUUUAGUGAGAGCAACAGUUUCUGUUUGUCCUUUGACAACAGGUCAGAAAAAGAAGUUGUCGUUUCCAUUCCAGAGGAACACAGAUCGCAUCCCAAUUCCUCUGUUAGGCCUUUGCCUCCUGCUUUCACAUCCCUUUCCCCUCUUUCCACUGAUGGAAUUGUACGUUCUGAAGACAUAGAACAUGACCCUCCUAAAGGUUUGCCAGAGUUCCUGGACUAUACUUCAUGUUUGGUUCAUUUAGCGGUUUUUGGAAUUCUUGGGGUCUUAACGAGAUAUUUACUGCAGAAGUUAUUUGGCCCUGGGGUUGCCCAUGUGACAAGCGACCAAACCAUUCUUUAUGUUGAUCUUCCUGCUAAUAUGAUUGGUUCGUUUCUUAUGGGUUGGUUUGGUGUGGUAUUCAAAGGAGACAUAUCUCAAGUGUCAGAGCAUCUAGCUAUAGCAAUAACAACUGGUUACUUAGGAAGCCUUACAACCUUCAGUGGUUGGAAUCAAAAAAUGCUUGAACUCAGUGUUUCCGGGCAUUGGCUCUUCGCUUCACUUGGCUUUCUUUUAGGGUUAUUUCUCGUUGCAUAUUCCAUCCAGUUUGGGAUUGAAACAGCCAAGGGUUUUAGGUGGCUCCUCCACCGGCUGGGUAUUAGUUCGGAAAAAGAUGUUAAUAAGAUGAACUGCAAAGUAGACAGCUACCGUCGUCAGUUGAUAGUUAUGGUGAUGUUCUUGGUUAUAUUAGGCAUAUUGUGGGGUGUGAGUGGUGCAUUAGUAAAGGCUGAGUUCAAGCACGGUGGUAAUGCUGCACAGUUAUGGUUUGCUUGCAUGGUUGGACCCAUGGGUGUGUGGAUUAGAUGGUUCUUAGCAAGGUUAAACGGGCGUGGAUUGGGAAAGGAAGGGUUGUUUAAAUGGAUUCCAUUCGGGACUUUAAUUGCCAAUGUAUCAGCAGCUUCUAUUAUGGCUGCACUUGCCACUGUGAAGAACGCUGUGAAGACCAGAGAUUGUGAUACUGUUGUAGCAGGAAUACAGUUUGGCCUAAUGGGGUGCUUGAGCACUGUCUCUACUUUUGCUGCUGAGUUUAAUGCAAUGAGAGAAAGCAAUCAUCCCUGGAGAGCCUAUGCCUAUGCCGUUAUUACAGUUUGUGUUUCAUUCUCAUUCGGAAUACUAAUAUACUGCAUCCCUGUCUGGACAAAGGGUUUUGACAUUGACACGUAGAAAUUGAAUAAGACAAACUUGUUUAGGCAACGGAUUUUUUUUGCCGAGAAUGUGUUGGCAGUUCAGAGAAGCAGAGUAAUGUGUCUAUACUAUUCUUCAUAGUGAGUUCUGUCAAUAUUAUGAUUGGCUGUCAAACGGGAAUUUCAGCUGAUAGAUCACGUCUUACAUGUCAUUUCUUGAUGUAAAAAAGCGAACAGAGGAAGUGUGAAAACGUUUCAAUCGUGUAAUAAAUUCAUCAUUAACAUGAGUUUUCACAAAAAUUGUGGUAUUGUAGGAGUGAAUACAGCUGAAUGGAAGGUUUUCAUGCACUCCUUAUUGUUGACUAUUCAAUCAACUUUGCUGCAUGAUUAGCAAAGAUGCUGCAAGUGCCAAUCA